GCCGCGACCAUGGCCACGGACGGACGUACGAAGCGCUCGCAGUCGAUAUGCGCGCCGGCCUCCGCGAGCAUGGAGGCCCUCGCGGUGCCCGAGAGCACACCUGCCCCGCGCCGGCGGCCAGCCACGCGCUCGCAGUCGGCCCGGAUCACGGGCGGCCGCUCUGUGAGGCACCGGCGGCAGCAGCAGCAGCUGGACAGGGAAACCCGCACCAGAUACAGCUCGGAGCCUCGUCUGGCGGAAGCGGAGACCCCGCCGCAGGUUAGAAGGCAGGCCUCGGCGAGACGAAGGCCUCCAGCCGGCCAAAGCCAGCCGAGGCGCUCCAAUGCCUUUCUCGAUGUCCCUCGACCGCAUCAACCUGAGGAGGAACCGGAUGAGGACUCGUACAGGCUGAGGACGUUCAACAUCACGCAGAAAGGAGGUAUCGUCAACCGUGGGGACUCCUUCCGGCGCCGGCGCUCGCGAUCCGGCAGUUUGGCGCCGUCUCCGGCCGCACCGGAGCCGGAGAGGCGAGCAGUGGCGUGUCACCGCGUCGCCAUGGUGGGAGCCCCGGGCGUCGGCAAGACCGCUCUCAUCAGUCAGUUCCAGACCAGCGAGUGUAUUAACGCUUAUGAUAGACAACAGACGGACACAAUGGAACAGAAGGUGUCGAUAAUGCUCAAUGGCGAGGAGUCCGAGCUUUACUUUGUUAACUGCACUAGUGUCAAGGAGGAAAUCGACAGGUGUGAGCCGCCCGAUGCGUUCGUGAUAAUCUACUCCGUGGUGGAUAAGUCUUCGUUCACGCGAGCUGAGCAGGAGUUGAUCAGGCUGCUGGACACUGACCUACUACGCGCACGACCGGCGCUGCUGGUGGGAAACAAGAUAGACCUGGCCAGGAGCAGAGCUGUGUCUACACAGGACGGCAAAUGCAUGGCGUGCACAUACAAGGCGAAAUUCAUCGAGGUGUCAGUGGGCAUCAACCACAACGUCGACGAACUGCUAGUCGGAAUCCUCAACCAGAUUCGUCUAAAAAAGCAGCAGUAUUCCGCCGACGGUGGACGAGAGUCGUCGCCCGCGCACUGGUACAAGUCCCGAGGCGUAGUGAGGGCCAGCAUGAAAGCGCGCCAAAUGUUAACCUGGAUCUUCGGCAAAGAGGAUUCCAAAUUCAAAAACUGUGAGAACCUUAACGUCCUGUGAGUGGAGAGCGAAGGCCCCGUGUUUGUGUAGGACAUUCCAAGCGGGGACGCUAGUAUAAUUAAAAACGUACAAAUGUCACUUUGACAGCUGACAGGUCGUACUUUUAAUGCUACUUAAGCCAAAGGGUAAGGGAUGGGUGAUCCUUAUAAUUAAUUCAAAAUUAAUUAUACCUACUGACACAUUAGGAUUUUGUGCCAAUUUUUUAUAACGUAGGUUUAAAUAAGGCGUAUGAAAUACAGUAUUUUCCUCUAUACUAGCGUAAGAUGUAACAGCAAUACUAAUUUAUAAUGAGAUACAACUGCUUAACGUUUUUGGACCAUUCAAAAUGUAUAUUAGGGUUAAGUCGAUAUUGUGAAUUGAUGGUUUCGUGCCAAAAUAUAUGCGUGUCGUUUACAAAUUACAAAAACGAAACUCUUUUGUGUAUUAUCGUGUCCUUUGUGAACGUUUUACAAAAAAUUGCUGGUCGUUUAUCACUCUCUUCACAGAAACGAAAAAUGAUUUUUUUUUUCCCUCGAUUAUUAGAAGUGAAUGUUAUCAUUAAGGGUUAAAAUCAGUAGACAGAAUAUAAAAAAAUAAAUAUUUAAAGAGGAAAUUGAUUCCUAGUCAGUUGACAGACCAACGUUAUUUGGUCGGAUCAAGUCUAUGUAAUGUUAAUUGUGAUCUGUCUGCUGGUUUUGACGUAAUGCGACUAAACUACGUAGAUCCCCCAUCUGCAUA